AUGGCCCCAGAUCCCUGUAGGUACUUGGAUCACUUCACAGGCCUCAACUUGCACGAACAGCAUGAGGUCAUUGGACGGGUGGUCCAAGAAGCAGAUCAAAGUCCUUCCAGCUCUGCCGGGGUGUGCAGCCGCAAGGUGGCACGUGUCGGCUUGUUAUCCUGGAACGUGGGCGGCAUCAGUGACCAUCGAAAAGACCAGGGUGCUGGAUUGGAAGAGGUGUCCAGUGGCGCCUGUGCCGUUUGCGUUGGGAAAGCAGCUCAGGCCGCAGUGGCAGAUGUGCUCCAUGCCGCCGUGGCCAAGAUUGGAGCCGCAGACAUCAUUGUGGUUGGUCUUCAGGAGAUCAUCAGCCUGACACCUUCCAAUGCCAUGAAGGGCACCAGCAGCUUCAACGAGUCCAGAAAGAACCAAUCCUUCUAUGGCUGGCCAGAAACCGUGGCCCAGUGGGUGGAAGUUCUUUUAGGUGGCCUGAACUCUGGACCCAUGCCUUCGGGGCCAGCAGGCAAGAGCUUCUGUGUGGCACCCCAGCAUGGUGAAUCUUGGUGGGUCUUCCAUGGGUCCACAGACAAAGGCUUCGGGCAGCGGAUAUGGGUUGUGUGUCUUCUGUCCAGCCUACCUGCUGAAGCACAUUCGAGACUUUGGCAUGGCCGAGAAGCCAAUGGACUCCAGGAUCAAAUCAGGUCUCAAGUGCCCAAGACACCAAGACCACCCCACUUUUUAAAUCCUGCAGCCCGCGCUCCGAUUUUGGCUGCAGCUGUCUUGUUUGCCUUGUUGCAACAGCGUGCCGUGAUUUUCAUCGCUACAAUGGCACUGCCGAUGAAGACUGUGAUGAAAGCCAUGAAAUCGGCAAAGGCGACCGCCAUGAAGGCCAAAGUGAUGAAGAAGAAGGCCGUGAGCAAGAUCGCAACGGGCAAGAGAGCCAAGGUCGCUGUCUUCAAAGGCAGGAAGGAGAAGACAGUCUCAGGCCUGAAGCGCGAACACCUGAUGAUCAACAAACGGGGCAAGGUGGUGAGUAAGAAGAUGAAUGCUGCUGGCAAGAACCGCUUCAAGCAGAUCUCUGCCUGGAUCAAUGCCUGUCAGUCCGCCCGCAAUGAGCUGGGAAUCAAAGGUAUGUGCUGUGUGGGUGGCAAGACGGUUCAGGGGAAGGCGCUGUACGUGAAGGCCAAGGCCAUUUUUGGCAAAUGUGCCAAGGGUGCUGUUGCCUGCCGCUUCGUGCUUUGGGAUCGAAGCUUCUGCUUUCUCAACUGUCACCUGGCGGCGACCACCUCAAAUUCUGCGAGGAUCAGUGCCCGAGAUCUUCGACAAAGGUUGCGGCAACUGGAACAGUGCUGGACCGAGAUCAAAUUCAAGUCGCACGUGAACCAGAUGGUUUAUCCUGUGUCUGCCCAUCGCGCAAUUUUCCUUCUGGGGGACACCAACAUGAGAUUGGUGCACAAGAGUGACAUCAACGAGGACUUCGGAAGUUAUGCGACCAAAACCAUCAGUGCCAAGGAGAAUGGCUAUCGGCAGCUGUGGAGCCUCGAUCAACUCUGUCAGGAGUUGGGUCCAGAACCGCAGCCAUCACUCCGCGAGCACAAGAUCAGGGGCUUGGGCUUGAAUGUCACGGACGAGCAAUUCCUGUCGCAGUGGCAGGAACCUUUCGUGAGCGGAAGACAGGGGCCACCCUUUCCGCCCACCUUCAAACUGGCGGUGCCUGGGCCUGGCUACAGCAAGAAACGGGUUCCCGCCUGGACAGACCGUGUGCUCUACAGCAGCGAUCAUGCUGAGCCCCUGAAAUAUGGGUCCCUGCAGCAGUCGCAGGUGCUGAGCCCUCCACACAAUGUGUCGGAUCAUGACCCAGUGUAUGCCUUUUUUGAUGUCGAGUGCAUGGGGAUUGACCCUAGGCGCUUGGGCUUGCUAGCGCGGCAAGUCCGGGGAGAGUCGCGAGAGACCAGGCGGAGUCCUGGAAAGACUUCUGAUUUCGCCAUGGAAACGACCAAAAAAGCGGCAAUUUCAAAGGCAAACAUCAUCUUCCAAAUCUUCCAGUUUCUUCUCAGUGUUUUGUGGUCUGUUGGUUUUCAGUGA